AUGCAGACCCAUCUGUUGUUACGGGAGCAUCCACGUGCACUGGCAUUGCGACCCAUGAUGCUCCAUGAGGCACCCUCUGGGGUCUUAAUGUUUGAGCAGUAUACUACUUCGUUACCGACAACCGACCGUGCCAUUGCGAAAUUGCUGCCACCUUCCGAAUUCGAAGACUCGUCAUGGCGUAUCCUCAACAGUCGUCCUGUAUUCGGUUGUCUUGGAAUGAUUAACUUGAUGGGGGAAUGCUUUGUUGCAAUUGUCACUGACUGUGUGCCCGUUGGGAGGAUACGUGCUGGCGAAGAAGUGUAUCGAAUACAAUCAGUAUCAUUCUACUCUUUAUCUUCAUCAAAAUACGACGACUUGGAGGAUCCCGAUCGUUAUCCACCUUACCUCACCAAUGGCAGUACGCCCAACACAACGACACCUUCAUCUACUCCUCCUCCUCCUCCUGGUGGCGGUGGUGACGACUGGGAACAACCUUCUGCUAUCCAACAUCCUUGUGCUCAAUUGGAAAAGUUGUUUGCUGUGGGAAACUUCUAUUUCACACCCGACUUUGACUUGACAAAGACAGUACAAGCUAGAACAUCGGAUGCAUCCCUUGGUAUUCAUGCAUUUGACGAUCACUUUUUGUGGAACAAGUUUUUGAUAUCUGGAUUAUUGGAUUUUCGUGCAAAGCUGGAUCGCAAAAAGCAAAUGGAUUUGGAUCGUGGAGGAUUUCUGGUGUUUGCUAUUCGUGGAUACGUUGGCGUGGAAUCGGUCGUGAUUGAGAAUGAAAAAUAUGACUUGUCGGUCAUUUCAAAGUUGAGUUGCAAGCGAGCAGGAACACGAUUCAAUUCAAGAGGCAUUGAUGACAAUGGACAUGUUGCCAACUUUGUCGAGACCGAAACAGUAUUGUAUUCCGAUCGCAUAUGUUAUGCAUUCACGCAAAUCAGAGGCAGUGUACCAGUAUUUUGGGAACAGCAAGGCAUCGUCAAUCACAAGAUUCAGAUUUCACGUGGAAGUGGUGCUACGCAACCAGCUGUUAAACGCCAUUUCAAUGAAUUAAUCGAUCGAUAUCAUUCAGUGUGCGCCAUCAAUCUUUUAUCGGAGCGAGAGAAUUCGGGUGAAUCCAUGUUGGGCAGUACGUAUGGAUCAGCAGUGAGUCAAUUGAACAUGCCACAAGCCAAGGUGAAGAUGAUCAAUUUCGAUUUGCAUGCGGAAUGUCGAGGUGGCAACUAUGACAAUGUUUCGUUAUUGCUCAACAAUGCUCGCCAUUAUCUCGACGAUCACGGCUAUUUCUUGAUGGAUACGAACGACAAUCACAUUAUUUGUACACAAAGUGGUGUAUUUCGUACCAACUGCAUGGAUUGCCUUGAUCGCACCAAUCUCGUUCAGAAUGAAAUAUCUCGCAUGGCGCUCCAAGGCUAUUUGGAUAAUCGCUUUAGCCGUCAUUGGAAUGCUUUGGAAAGCCUCAAAAGUCGACAUUCUCAUUUGUUUGCUGAAAAUGGAGAUGGGUUGUCAAAGAUCUAUGCGGGUACGGGCGCUCUAAAGUCAGCUUUUACACGCACAGGCAAGGUCACGUUUAUGAAUGUCCUCAGCGAUGCCACACGUUCGGCAAAUCGUUUCUUUAUCAACAAUUUCCAAGACAAGGCAAAGCAAGAAGUCAUUGAUCAAUUGCUGGGCAAGUUGGUAGGACAACAAGAAAUCCUUAUUCAUGAUCCCAUCAGUGACUCGGUAUCCAAGUUGAUGGUGAAAAGGUUGAAGGAAUAUUCUACACGCCGCAAGGUCUCUAUAUUCUGUGGAACCUAUAAUUUGAAUGGCAAAUCUUUCAAAGGUGAAUCACUUGAUCCAUGGCUACUGCAACAUUCACAAUGGGAUGGUGAGGAGCCGGAUAUCUAUGCUGUGGGAUUCCAAGAAAUUGUCGAGCUUUCACCGCAACAGGUGAUGACUACGGAUGCCGAAAAGCGCAAAGUCUGGGAACAAGAGAUUGAAACCACACUCAACAACAACUCACGUGGAAAGUCAAAGUAUGUCCUUCUUCGAUCCAAUCAACUGGUGGGUGCUGCUUUGAUCAUUUUCGCCAAGGCUGAUAUCGUGGAGAAUAUACGCAAUGUGGAAUCAUCUAUCAAAAAGACUGGUAUCAUGGGCAUUGCUGGAAAUAAGGGCGCUGUUGCGAUACGUAUGGAUUACGGGGAUACCAGCAUUUGUUUUCUGGCAGCCCAUUUUGCAUCAGGCCAUUCCAACUCUGAAGAUCGCAAUCAGGAUUUCCAUACGAUUAAUCAAGGUCUUCGAUUCCUUCGUGGUCGCACCAUUGAUAGCCAUGACAACAUUUUUUGGUUGAGUGAUCUCAAUUAUCGUGUAUCGCUUGCGAAUGAAGAGGCACGAUCCUUUGCAGCUUCAGGCAACAUUGAUGCGCUUUAUCAGGCGGAUCAGCUACAACGAGAGAUGGCACUUGGCAAUGUCUUUCAAGGCUAUGAAGAAGGACCCAUCACUUUUCUUCCAACCUACAAGUAUGAUAAUGGUAGAGAUGUAUAUGAUACAAGUGAAAAGCAGCGUAUACCCGGUUGGACUGACAGAAUUCUGUACAAGGGAAAUAAUCUCAAGCUUUUGCAAUAUGCCCGUGCAGAGCUGUAUACGUCUGAUCACAGACCAGUGCUGGCUUUGUUUGAAGUGGAUAUUCUUACCUAUGAUCAUGACGCCAAAGCACGGCUACACAAAGAGCUAUAUCAGCAAAGUCUGGACCACAUCAAUGUAAAUACUACUACACCCUUCACCAUGGAACAAUCACCACCCGAACUUCCUCGACGCCGUACACCUACUCCUCCAACCAGUCGCCCUACCGUGGCAGCCGCAGCAGCCGCUAUUCCCGUUGUAGAUAUGUUAAUCGACUUGAGCUCUGAUCAAGAAAAGCCCACGCAACCAAGCACAGAUACUGUAAAGUGGUGGGAAAAUGGAGAACCCCUUCCGCGUGCCAAUAAGGGAGCAGUUAGACCAUGUAAUCCUUUCCGAGAACCACAAGGGACACCAUUACUGGUGGGCAAGAGCAACAACAACAACAACAACAACAACAGCAAGCAACCAAAGCUUGGACAAUGGCUACCGAUUCAGCCUACAAGUACAAGUACACCCAAAAGCACACCUUCCCCAUCAUCGGCAGGAGCAGCAGCUGUCAUUGCGCCUAUCCAAAUUGAUGAUGAUUACGAACACGCUGUCCUCACGGUAGACGAUGAGAACAAUGUAUCAAAUGCAUUUGGCUUUUGGAACAGCAAGCAAACAACAGCCUCAUAA